GAGAUUUGGGAUGCGAAUCAGAGAGAAGACGUUGUGGAUUUUGGGAUAAAGGAAUCAAUUUGUUUAACUUGAUGCAAAAUCGAGGACAUGUACCGAAUUUUUAUACAAUGGUAGCUCUAACGACUGGUUUGAUUGAUCCUAGUUUGUUACUCAUUGCUUGGUGCAUAGCUUCUGCUUGUAGUGUGUAUAAUAGCAUCUGUGAGCCUGAUUUAGUUGCGUAUUCUUCUUUGAUAACUGGUUAUUCAAAAUGCGGGAAUCACAAGGAGCUUUUGCAUCUGUUUGCUGAGUUGAGAAUGAGUGGUAAGAAGCCAGAUUGUGUUCUUGUGGCGAUUGUAUUAGGGUCUUGUGCUGAGUUAUGGAAUUCAGUCUACGGGAAAGAAGUGCACGGUUAUGUUAUUCGACUAGGAUUAGAACUUGAUAUCAAGAUCCGGAUCUUGCUCUGUGGAAUGUUACGAUUCUUGGAUGUGGAUGCUGUGGAUUUUGGCAUGUUCUUUCAAUUUGUUGUCAUGAGUGUUCAUUGGCCUUUUCUGCAUCGAAGAUUUGUAUUAUAUGAACCCGUGAGACUCAUGACAUUGGAUCCAAAGAACAUGUAUUAACACAGUUUGGUCUUAGAGAUUAGAAAUGUUAUGUUUGGGAUCUGAUUCUCACCUUAUGAAUUAGUUGUUACUAUUGUGUUCAAUUAGAAAGUGCUGAAGUAGCUUUUGGGGUUUUGCUUGUAAGAAUAAGCUAAGUGUUAGGCU